CUCUGCUUGCCUGACUUGUGAAUUAAACUAUGUUCUGUGUUCAUCCUUUUUAAAGUUUAUUCACAAAACUGUAUGUUCCAUGGACUAGGAUAUCUUUCCAAUCCACAUGUGACCAUGGGUGAGCGAGUACUUGUUAUUGGCAGCGGGGGACGUGAACACGCCCUGGCGUGGAAGCUGGCCCAGUCACCACAUGUAUUGCAGGUUUUCGUUGCCCCUGGAAAUGCUGGAACAGCUGAAAAUGAAAAAAUCUCCAAUUCAGCUGUUUCUGUCAGCAAUCAUGCAAUUCUUGCUCAAUACUGCAAAGAUCACAAUAUUGGCCUGGUGGUAGUUGGACCAGAAGCUCCACUCGCUGCUGGAAUUGUUGAUGACCUAACAGCUGCAGGAGUGAGAUGCUUUGGUCCGUCAGCAAAGGCAACACGACUGGAAGCUAGCAAGCAUUUUGCUAAAGAGUUCUUGGAUCGACAUGCUAUUCCUACUGCUCGAUGGAAAGCUUUCACCGACCCUGAGGAAGCAUGUGGUUUCAUCCAGCAUGCUGAUUUCCCUGCACUGGUCGUAAAAGCAAGUGGUUUAGCUGCUGGGAAAGGUGUUAUUGUAGCAGCUGAUGUAGGAGAGGCUUGCAAAGCAGUCCAAGACAUAAUGCAGGAAAAGACCUUUGGUUCUGCUGGUGAAACAGUAGUUGUGGAGGAACUGCUUGAGGGAGAGGAAGUUUCUGUAAGUAAGGUUUAUUUUGCCAGCCCAACACUGUUUGAAAUUUAUUUUCUGUUUAUCAUUGUCAACUUUAUCCAAUUAUGUAUUUCCCAGGACAAGGCACCAGUUAAUGCCAAACUUUGCUUCCAGUAA